CAGCGGAAAGAAAAACCCUAGGCGAAGCAGCAGCUAUGGCGUCUUCCAUUUUCGCUUCGCUCCUCCGCCGAUCACUCCGCCGCUACCUCCCCUCUGCCCCGUCCAUCACCCGCCGUCGUUUCCUAUUCACCUCCUCGUUCUCUCCUGUCUCUUCCCGCGGAGCAAUGCUGCAGGAUCCUAAACUGCCCUCCUCUCUUCUCUGCUAUCGAUUCGCUUCCUCCAAGGUAUCGGGAGAUGAGAGUCUGAAGCGAGUUAUUGAUUCCGAGAUUCAGUGUGCGCAGGAGGCACAUAUAAGUGGUCAGGAUAUUGACAGGCCGGAAGACUUCCCUUUUGAGAUUGUUGAUAAUCCUGGUGAUCAAGCAAUUUUUCUUAAACGGGACUUUGCUGGUGAGAACAUUCAGGUUGUUGUGCUGAUGAACUUGGAUGAACAAAAUGAUGUGGAGGAGAAUGAUGAAGAUGAUAACGACAAAGAUGGCAAUGAGAAUUCUAUGGAACCUUCAUUAUCUUUGGUCGUGACAAUUGAUAAAGGAGAAGACCAUUUACUGGAGUUCUGUUGCAGCCUCAACUUGGACAAAGUUGAAAUUGAGACCAUGGUCCUCAAGAAGCGCGAUGAUCCUGAUGAUCAAAGUGCAUACCAAGGCCCUGAAUUUUCGGAUUUGGACGAGAACUUGCAGAAGGCGAUGCACAAAUACCUCGAGGAGAGAGGCAUAAACAGCUCCCUCUUUGAUUUCUUGCACGAAUACAUGUUGAACAAAGAUGAGAGGGAGUAUUUGGUGUGGCUAAAGAGCAUGAAAGAAUUCAUAGCUUAGAACUUUCGUCUACUUCGAGUUAUCCAUAAGGCUGAGGGGAUUCGAAUGCUCCCCCAGUUUCGUCUACUUGCGAGAAUUAAAAUAGUGUUUGGAGGUAUUAAAUCUCUUCCAAUUCUGGUUUUCUAGGUCAGAUUUCUAUUGUGUUAUCCAUGAUUAUGUGAUGGCUCAACUUUGUAUUUGAUCUGAGAAAGAACUGUGUUUUUGGAUAUUCUCUGUUUCAGGCGAACCUCUAUAAUUCCCCAUUGUUCUUGUUUGUACUAUCCAUGAUUAUGUACUCCUAACAAUUAUCUCACUUACUUUUCUUCUUUAUUUUAAA